GCCCAUAUGGCAUUGCCCGCCUCGAUGCUCGAAGGCAGUUUAUCAAAUAAUGGUGGUUAUUACAAUUGUCUAAUGGGGUCAUUAAUACGAGAAGAAGGCCACAUUUAUUCUCUAGCAACAUCAGGGGACUUAUUAUAUACGGGGACCGAUAGUAAGAACAUUCGUGUUUGGAGAAAUCAAAGAGAAUACUCCGGGUUUAAAUCAAACAGCGGUCUUGUUAAGUCGAUUGUAAUAUCCGAAGAUAAAAUAUUUACCGGACAUCAAGAUGGGAAAAUUCGAGUUUGGAAAAUGUGUGCUAAAAACCCGAGUGUACAUAAGAGGGUCGGGACGUUACCCACAUUUAAGUCAUUCAUGAAAAAGUCUAUUAGACCGAAAAAUUAUAUAGAGAUUGGGAGGCAUCGUAACACGUUGUGGAUACGACAUUACGAUGCAAUCUCAUCGCUAAGUUUGAGCGAAGAUCGUAACUACUUAUACUCGGCGUCAUGGGACAAAACCGUGAAAGUAUGGCGUACAUCAAAUUUUAAGUGUUUAGAGUCAAUACCCGCACAUGAUGAUGCUGUUAAUGCUGUUGUUGCCGGGUUUGAUGGCCUUGUUUUUACGGGGUCAGCGGAUGGUACGAUUAAAGUUUGGCGUCGUGAGGUACAAGGGAAAGGUACUAAACAUUUCUUUUCGCAAUCGUUGUUAAAGCAAGAAUGUGCCGUGACAGCCUUAGCAAUUGACCCAACGGCCACAAUCUUGUACUGCGGCUCGUCGAAUGGGAAAGUUAAUUUCUGGGAGAAACAGAAUUUUGCUUAUCCAUGUGGUACUUUAAAUGGGCAUAAGCUUGCGGUGUUGUGCUUAACUACUGCGGGAAGCCUGGUGUUUAGUGGAUCAGCGGAUAUGAAUAUUUGUGUGUGGAAAAGGGUUAAUAAUGAGGAUAGUAAUAUUGAUGAUCAUAUUUGCUUGUCGAUAUUGACGGGGCAUAAUGGUCCUGUCAAGUGCUUAGCAGUCGUGCCGAGUGGGGAAACGUCGUCGUUUGAUUCAAGGUAUGUUUUGUAUAGCGGAAGUUUGGAUAAGUCGAUUAAGAUUUGGAGAGUAUCUGAAGAGGUACCUGAUUCAGUUGUUGCCUUUACUAGGAGUAAUACCAGGCAACAUGGUAGUCUAUCAUUUGCUUUUCGAUGACGAUGAUAAUUAUGAGUUUUUGAUAGAGUAUAUAACAUAUUUUUAGACUUCUAAUUAUCAGCUGAUGGUUGAAAA